AUGCCGAGCAACGAAUACUGCCUCAACUCUGUCUCGGUUUCAUAUAACUACAUCACUUUUGCUGGAGAAGGAUACGACACAUAUUACGGACCCAAAUGUUUGAACCCUUUACGGACGAUAUCCACAUAUGCGUCUGGAAAGACACUUUGCACAGAUGAAGAGAUUCAGGUCGGAUUUGAGAAAAUUCGCAGGGACUGUCAGAACGACGAAUAUGAGUUUUUGGACUGGCGGCAAAUUGUUGCCGACAUCACAGACGACGAUAUUGCUGCGAUGAGGGUCAUCGAUUUUGAUGAGAUACCUGCUGGAACGAAUGUCACGCAGCCUGUUAGACUUUCCAAAUCAUUCUUCCAACGCGUUGGGAAUACUCUUNNCUGGGAUGACAGCUCUCAACAACUUUGGCGAUACGUCGCUGAUCGUACAGGUAUCAUGGCUUACGCUACCCUUCCUUGGAUAUGGAUAUUCGCUGGUAGAAACAACGUCUUCAUGUGGGCUACUGGUCUCUCAUAUCAAGCGUUCAACAUUUAUCACCGACAUAUUGCCCGAGCUGGUACAAUACUGGCUAUCGUACAUUCAGUUGCGUACACUUGGCUGUUUGUCGAGUUUGAAGGAUGGGGUAUGUUCAGGAGAGAGUUCACCCAGCUCUGGCUCCUACUUGGUGUGGUGGCGACAGUUACAAUGAGCCUUUUGUUGCUAUUCUCUGUAUCGUGGCUUCGUAUCAAGUUUUACGAGUUCUUUUUAGUCCUCCAUAUCGCACUUUCUGUGAUCACUCUCGUGGGUUGCUUCUUGUAA